UCUCGUCUCGUCUCGGGGGGCAGUGACCGCGGAGCGGGCUCGGGUUGCGCUGCCCUGUGUCCGCCACCCGGCGUGGAUGGGAGCUGCUCGAGCCUCAACGUGAGCUGGCCACUCUCCGCGGCGCUGCGGGUGUUAGGAUGUGAGCUGCGGGGUGUGCCCUCCUGGUCAUAAGGUGACUGGAAUUUCUAUUGAAACAGAUAAUAAAAAUGUAAAAGCAGAGGAGUUUAAAGAGGCUAUUCUUAGUUGCAAGCACAAAUUUUCAAAAGGGAUGAGUCUAAGAAUAGAAUGGAAGAAAAUCCAAUCCCAAGAAGUUUCAUUUGUCUACUACAGUGGUGAAUUUACAGGUGAUCUUAAAGACCGAGCAGAGAUGCUGAAUACAGGAAUCCGUAUUAGAAAUGUGACUAGAAAGGAUUCUGGGACCUACCGCUGUGAAAUCAGUGCAAAGAGUGAAGAGGGGCAACGCCUGGGAGAGGCUACUAUUACUCUCACAGUAUUGGUUCCUCCCUCUACCCCAAUAUGCGUGGUACCCAACUCUGCAAUGACGGGAACAGUAGUGGAGCUGAGCUGUAAGGAAGCUGAGGGGUCUCCUCCGUCUGAGUACCAGUGGUACAAGAACGGCGUUGCCUUACUGGAAAAGACAGGAACAGGCAGUGCUAGAACAGCCAACAUAACUUACACCAUGAAUAAAAAGUCUGGCACUCUGAUAUUUAACACUGUUUCAAAGAAUGACACCGGAGAGUAUUUCUGUGUAGCCUCAAAUGGGAUUGGAUUACCUCAGAAAUGCUCCAUGAAGCGAAUGCAAGUUGAUGACCUUAAUGUAAGCGGUAUCAUUGCUGCUGUAGUAAUUGUGGCUCUGGUAAUGGCACUAUGUGGCCUUGGAGUAUUUUAUGCUCAAAAAAAAGGGUAUUUUACAAGAAGACCAACUCUCAAUCUACAAGUGAAAAGGAUUUCAAGCAUACCAAGUCCUUUGUUAUCUAGAAGAUUUCAGCCUCUGUGAGGGACAUCAAACAACUACUUGUUAUACAAAAAUAUCAAAGGGAUUUUUUGACCUCUACUCUGUAAAUAUUGUUUCCAUGUACUAUGCACUGAAAAUAGAAAUUGCUACUGUUUAGAUCUAGUCAACUUCAUUGUGUAUGAUUGCUUUCUUUUAACCCACCACAAAACUGCUUAACUUAAAGAUGCAACUAAAUGGAAUACACUGGUCAAUUUGUGUGACUUCUCAUUUUGUUGAUGUAUACAUGCAGCAGUACAGGAUUCUUUCUUGCAGCUGGGAACAGUCUAUCCAAAUAACUUUCACAGAUGACCUCCGCCAUUGUCAAGGGCUCAAACUCUCCUGUAAUGUUGACUCCAUUCUUACUCAUACCUCAACAUUAUAUUAGGUUUGACAGAGCCAUCUAGAAGUGCAGAAGUAGUUGCACGGACUUAAACUCACUACCCAGGCAGGACAAAGCUGCUUGUAAUUGAGGCCCAAGCAUUGUUUUAUUGUGUAAUAUAAAAUGCCUACAGCAUCACUUCUACAAGGAAGCACCUCUUUCUGUAGAUUGCAUAUGUUACUUGCAUUAUGAAAAAAAUCAUGCCAGUACAACUACAGUAGUAAUAGCUGGACCUUAAAUGUUGAAGUAUUACAAAUAAAUAGUUCCUCAGAACCUGAA